AUGGGAGACUCAGAUCUGAUUAUCCGGCAAGCCCAGAGAGAAUGGGAAACCCGAGAUGUUAAGCUUAUCCCUUACAGGCAGCAUGUGGAAGACCUCAACAAGCGAUUCAAAUCGAUAGAGUUCAGGUACAUCCCUCAUUGUCACAACGAAUUGGCUAACGCACUUGCUACAUUGGCCUUAAUACUGUCGUACCCAGGAAAUGCUCACAUAGAUCCCUUGGAAAUCCAAAUCCGGGAAAGGCAUGGUUAUUGUAAUACAGUUGAAGCAGAACCAAAUACCCAACCAUGCCGGUUCCUCAAACUAGGCAAAACCCAACAUCACCCUCUUACAGAGCUGGUGCCCGAUGUGCCUAUCACUCAGGGGCGGAAGGGCACGACACAGAUGAUUGCUGGACUGUGA